AUGGUCUUUCGCAGCCUCCUGCUGGCGUUGCUUGCCGUUUGUGCCUGCCCUGUCGUGCCUGUCCUGGCUGCGAGCGAUGCGGCGGGCUCUAAACUGCCCAAGUCGGUCACUCUGUCCUACGAAGUGAUCGGAUCUCCUUCAGUCAAACCGCUUGUCACUAUCUUCUACGAUCCAAAGACCUCGAAGCACGCUUUGUCCUCGUGGACUCCUCCCCCUCUCGACUCGCUCAAAUCUACCACGCCCGAACCUACCUCGUCGAAGCUGCUUCGGAUCCUUCUACCUAAUGGCAGUUCGACCGUAACCACCAUCGACACUUUCAGCGACAAUGUCCACCAGAAAAUCGACCUCUGGAUAUCCCCAGAGGAUGGAUCGGUCUUUUCUGCUUCGGUCUCGGGCCUUUCACCACCCCCCUUGACCGCGGAGGAAGAACGUUACAAGAAGAAAGUCGAGAGAGCCAAGGCAAAGGGCAGGCCGAUACCACCCCCGCCUCCAGUGCCAAAUACCAAAAAAGCGAGAGAAGAAGCAGCCAAAGCAGCAGCUCUCCACGAGCCCAUCAAAGUCAACCUUAUCACCCCCAGCCCCGGCCCGUCCCCUGAUCUAGCAACGAGGAAACCUCCCCAGGUCGAUGGCGACGGCAGAGAGAUUGUGCAGGAGGAACAACAAGAGAAGAGCUUCUUCCAGAAGUAUUGGUGGGUGUUUUUGAUUGGUACCGUGCUCAUGAUGAGUGGCGGUGGUGGAGCAGAGAAAUGA